AUGGCGGCCGAGCCCACGAGACGACCGCAGCUUCCGGCGCGGCGGCAGUGCAGUUGUGCGAUGUGAUGCGCGAGUCCGCCGCGAGCCACGCCGAGCAUGCAUCAUGAGCGAGGGCCUCGAGGGGCCCGCGCGUCGGCCUAGCGGGCCCCGGGGCCGCGAGGGGGGGCCCUCCGGCCGCCCGCAGCGAUGCCCCCGGCUCCCGUGAAGCCCCAGCGCCCCGCAGAAUGCCCCGGCGGGCCCCGCCGAAGCAGCAGCCGCAGCCGGGCCUGCUCCUAUUCCUGAUGACGGCCGCCGCCGUGCUGGCCACCGCCGCCGCCGCCGCCGAGUCCUUGCCGCCGGGCCCCUCAACGUGCCCCCAAGCAGCCGAAGCCUGCGCCCCGCCCUGCGCCCCUAACAGUACUACUCAGUGCCUUCAUUAUCUGCAAGAAUCGCACAAAGACGAGGUGUGCAGCCGCGAAAUGCCGCCCGGGCGGCGUCGCGACGCCUUCGCCGCCCUCCGGCUGCGCCACUGCUGCGAGCGCCGGGUCGACCGGGCGCUUCCCGAAUCCGCCUUCCACGGUGGUCCAGAGUGCCACAGACUCCUGCAGGACCUGCUCGACGCCGACGACGACGCCGCCCGCGCCUCCUGCGCCCACACGUACCUCCUCAGGCGCUACGAUUGCGCCCAGAACUAUUCCAUCGUCCACCACUGCUGGGACUGCAAGGUAGUCUAUCGACGAUGGGUUUGCGGCCACCUAAUACCAUUUUUCGCACGUGACGGAAAAACCAAAGUGCUUCCAUGCCUCAGCUUGUGCCAGGACGUCGAGCAACAAUGUCCUUACUUACUGCCCGACCAAACGCUUACUCCCAGUGAGGCAGCACAUCCAACGCCUCAGUACGCGGGAGAGCCGAACUUUCUAUGCCUCGAUCCAAACAUUCCGCUGUUGGCGAGGCCGCAUCAUGCGACAACGGGAAAAGAAGACUGUUGCUAUACCCACUGCGGUACACCAGGCAGGGGGGCUAACGACGAGCCGGCGGCACACCACCGCGGCGGUCCCGUCGACGUCUGCGAACACUGCCCCGGGAGGCCCCCGACUACUAACAUCACCACCUCACUGUCUCCGUCAGUCGGAGAUACCCGGGGAACCACCCCAUCGUCGGCCGUACCACGGACUAUUAACAAAGUGUGGAACCUAUUAUUAAUCACCGCGUUGUUGACACUUAGGAACAACCGCAAACAAUUUGCUGACCUUUUGAAAUGUUUAAUAGAGUGUGCGACAAGUGUUCGGACGGUGCCAGAAUGCUGAUAGAUACAAUAACAAUGGAGAUGGCCAGAGACCGAGUCGUGAGAAGCCGGCGAUUCUUAGAAGUAGGCGAUAAUAUGUGUUCUAGCCGACUACCAUGGGAGGUUUGUCUGUGACGACGUGUGAUCUUUUGCUCAACCGACCGGGUCGGUACGAUCCCUGUUUUCUUUUGUUCAAAAUCGAUUUUAUCGGUAACGGUACUCUCUUGAUAGUCUGCAGGGUACCUAAUGAAGCUGGCAAUGGUGGUAGAAGAUCGAUCAAACGUUCCAUUAUAAACCACGUCUGCCAUGCAGAAAGUAAGAUAUUUGUUGCACAGGGUGUGUGGAAAAAUUUGUACAAAACAUAUGGAGAUGACAGUGGAUUGAAAAAUAGUAUUCCUGUAAACGUAGGCCCUUGCAGAAAUACAAAACUUCAAAAUUCUUUGCAAUAACUUUCUUCAAGGUUAGAAUAUUGGAAUGAACUUGAUAACAAAAAUAACGUCGUACGGCCCUUUAAUUAUUAAGUUGCAGCAAACAUUUUUUUUUUACUUAAAACUUGACAAAGCUUGCUUAGUCGAUCAAAAUUGGGAUUUUAACAAAUUUUCCUGUUAAAAUACAAAUUUUAACGAUUUGCACAUAAAUCAUAUGACUAUUCUUCUUCAUUUCCAGUUUAUUUUGACUAUGUUUUAUGUUUAAUACAAGUUUUCCAUCCACCAUCCCAUUUAGUACCACUUUGAAGGGACUUUCAACUAACGCAACAACAUUUUUACCGAAAACAGAUCUUAAAGAUCACAUACCACUCAGAAUCUGGUAUUGCACUAGAAGAUUCUCACCUUAAAAAAUUGUCUUCUUUAAGCUGUUAAAGUCCUACAAAAUCUGGCACCUGUCAGAUACUAUGCUAACCUAAAAACAAGGCUUGUUUUGAAAUAACAACGAUUGGUUGGUGUAGAUGUGUUUUUUUUGUAACUGAGUUUUUGAUAUAUCUUCCAUCAAUCAAAUUUUAGAUCGCUUUGAUGAUUCGUUCAAGCGUUUAAUUAACAGAAGAGAGAAAAUGCGUAGUUCUAAUGCAGAACGUUCCUUUUAUCAACAAAAUUAUACUAUAACUUAACACAAAAAAAUGGAAAAUGGAAAGCAAGACAAGAUUUUUACGUACCCACCAUUUCCCAAACUUUUGCUAGAAAGUAGAUGCCACAGAAACACACAGACAUCUUUUCUAUUUUUGUGAUAACAACGCUUUUUUAAAAGAAAGGACAUUUCGAGAAGUUUGCAACGCAACAACCUACGCUUUCCUGAGAUUUUCUACGCAUCCUGUCUGUCUCAGUAUGUACGAUAGCUAAUUAUCUUAUUUGCGAUGUACUAUACAUAUUUUUGGGCAAAAGAAAAAUCUUAUCGACUCGGAUUUGGCCUCCCGAAAUACCUGUGGCUCACAAAAUGUUUAUCAAGAAAUGUGUUCACGUUACCGCGUACAUUAUCAUCAAGUUUGACGUUUCCAGCGUACUGGACGACCAUUUCCGAAAGCAAAAGCGCAGGAGAUGCUCUUCAAAAUUCAUUAUACAAGGAGUGCCUUGUCUAACGAGCCAAAAACAAUUGGAGCAGUGGUCGAAAUAGACCGACUUUAUUUAAUAUUUGUUGUGUCGUUUCAACUUUCUCCUCAAGUUAAUUUAAUUUUAAAAAAUUAUUUAAAAUUUGUAUUCUUUUAGUGAAGAUUUUAUUGUCCCGAUAGUUAUAAGACACCUUGGAUUGGUAAAUAACACAAAGGCAUAUUUUCAAUGGAACGCACAAAAUAUUUAUUUUUUACUUCUUCCCGUUUUUAUAUGACAUAUUUUUUAAGAUGAAACAUGUUAAUAAAUAAACUAAACGUGUGUAAAUAAAGUAUAUUAUUAAGCGUACUAUAGCCGACAUUUUUAAAUUAAAGACAAAAUGGUAGCGAUAACAUACAGGGUGGAACGAUACUGUGUAUAUAAGAGGCAAAGUUCGUUUCCUAUACGUUACACAGACAAACCUAACUAGAACGGUUGUCUGGUUGUUUUUUAGAGAAAUUUAUUAUUAAAUGCACAUAGAUUUGUCUAGGACUGCGAUAUUGUGGAAUCGGAGUCAUGAAAUUAUACCAAUAUUCUACCGUCAAUUAUGUUCGUAUCCAGACCUCAGUUGUUUUAAAUAUGGUAAAAGUAUUGGAGAACUACGAAAGGAUACCAGGGGACAGUUCUUGCGCAUAAUAAAAUUAGUGUCAAUUUAUGAGGUAUCCCACAAUAUUUUUACAUUUCUAAGUGCACGUUUGUAUUUCUUCCGUUUUGGUUACCACCGACGACUUUGGAUUUUUUAUUUGAGGAAAGAAAACCACUCCCCUGGUUUUCUUCCUUCCAUUUCAAAGCACUCUGCUGUGAAGAUGGACUAUUUUUGGCUUUUAGCAUUAAGCUAAAUCAAGCUAACCAAAACUGAAAACUGCUUGAGUUUAUUAUUUUUGAUUUCGUUUUUAGAUGAUUUGUUGGAUCUAUUUCUCGCAGUUUCCCGAAAGUGCAAGAUUUUGAUGGAAUUUGCGAUUCCUUUACACUUUAUUGAGAUAUAAAUAUUUGCUCUUUUUUAAGUCUGUAUAAAAACUCCUUAGUCGCUCUUUGAUUUGUUUGAUAUAAUUCUUCCAUUGUCACUCAGAUUGAAGAGCCGAUGGUGAACUGCCCUGAGACUAGCCCCAACAGUUUUCCUCAUUAAAUGUUGGUAUUAUCUGACUCUAUUCUAACAGGGCUAUUGCGAAGUAUAUUAUACAUAUUGGUGAUUAUGUAAUUAAAUUGUUAUUGAAAUGUUAAAUAUUAAAUAUUGAUAAUUUUUUACAAAUUUAUUUUGAUAUGUGAAGGAUUUGAAAGGCAGCCGAAGCCGUGCCAGCAUAUGUGGCAGAUCUGAACUCAUUUGUUUCGGUAUUCGUCGAAUGUAUUCGAUUAUAUUUUUUAUUGGCAUUCCGAAUGGAACGUAACAAUUGAAUAAGCGCGAAUACAGACGCACGAAUCGAUAUAUAAUGAACAUGUUUAUGUUUACAUAAGUUUGUGUCCGUCCGAGAUUGUUACUUAGGCUUCAAUUUAUAAACAAAAAUAUUUGACAUUCGUGUGUUUGUAUUUCCGAUUAUGAGGCCCUAUGAGAUUCUACAAGAUGGUUGUUUAACAUGUGUAUGACCGUCGAUGGGGAUUUUCUAAUAUGCAUUAUAUUUAAGCUUAACAAAGUAUACUUUAGCAAAUGCCGCGAGAAUUUUGUUUUGUGCAGUUGAAACUGAGAAAAAGAAAUUAAACGCAAAAUUGUGCAAACGACAUUUUUUUAUGUGCCAAAACGACAAAACUAAAAUCGGUGAGUGCAGCGUCAAAUAAUCAUACCGUCGCCAACGAUAUAAAACGCAUAACGGCACAUUUUCUUCCAUAUCAAUCCUCAUGCUCUUACUGUUUGGUAACACAUUUUCGUUGCGUACGAAGUAGUACGAUGGUCCUAGAGGUUGUGUUUAAAAAAUAUUGCGUGAAAUAUUUCGGCGUGACUUUUGAGAAACGUUUGUAUUCCUGAUGGAUAUUGUAUUGUAGUACCUUACUUUCGUAGAUCAGGAAUUUAAUUUGUGUUUGUUGUUUAAAUUGCUAAAUAGGACUCCGAGUUGUUUUCGUAAAAUUGUUUUGCUAAUAUUACGGGAUAUUCUACCAAAAAAUAUUACUGUAAAUCAUCAGUUAAUUUGGGUAGGUUGCGUUUUUUGUUGUACGAUAUACAUAUUUAAGAGUUUAAAGUAAAAGAGAUGAUUGUACGCCUAUGUUUAGUAAGAAAAUCAAAAAAGUUUUCUGGAUGCCCAAAAAUAGUAAACAGCUAAGUACAAUUUGUUGUGAAGUUUUAGCUAGCACUUACACUAAUACGGUACAUAUUUAGGGUUGGUUUUGAUGAAUUGUCGCAGUUUCUUUUCGUUUGAAAUUACGUUUCUUUGAUUAGACGACAGCCAUCAAAUAUGUGCUCGGUAUGUACAAAUGAAAGUAGCUGUUGGUGUCGUUUUGGCGACCAGAAAACGAAAACUGGUAUAAAUUGGAGAAAAACGACUACAAUAGGAUUUUGUAGUAGUUACGUCCGCAUCUAAUGAAAAAGAAGCAGAUUUUUUCGAUCACUGCGCGAAUUUACAAAAACAUAAAACGCGAAAGGACCGAAGGGAUCGGUUGUGACGCAUAUGUCUUGUCAACUAGCAGUGUUCGUUAGAGAAAUAAACUGCAAAUUUGAAGGGUGUGGUGUAAAUUAGCUGGAGGUUUAUCGAUUCAAGAUAAUCUAAAUGAUCUCGUUCAAAUGAAAAUUGAGAUAGUCUGUAAAUACAUUUUUUUUAAUGUCAAAUUUAAUGCCGCUUACGAAACCACUGAAAGGUAGCGAAAAAUAAAAUAUAGAUCUUAAUUUACCAAUGCAAAUUCUUGAGGAAUAAGCCACAAUUUCUGAAAAACUGGUCAGAGCUUUUGCCUCAAUUUAAAUUAAAAAUUAAUUAACGUUUAUAUUUUAUUUUUCGUGGAAUUUCAGUUCUUUCGUACAAAUGGGUUUUGUAUGAUACCUAUGUAAAUAUCUGAGAUUAUUUUGGGUCGAACUAUCCAGCUAAUGGGAAAAGUACAAAAUGCGUUUCCAUAAAAAGGUCUUACGUUAACCACGAAUUUUAUAUGUUUAUGUACCACGCAUCAACCCGAACAUACAACUGCUUGCAUGGAUUUUAAUCUAUUUUUGUUAACGUCUGAAUCACACUUUGUCAGCUGUUUUUAAGGAAAUGUAUAGCCUCUCUUAGUUUUACAAAGGUUAAAUUAUUUUUUGAUAAAAAAAAAACAGUUAUUAUAGCGUGGAAUGCGGCUAUAAUCGAUUUUUUAAAGUGCUCGGUAUAUAAGACUUCAAACAUUGCAAAGCAGACACUAAUUUUUAGGCAUAGCGGUAUAACUUUUUAGGUAUAAGUUUUUAUUUUUUCGAUUCUUUCGAAAUGAGCAAAUCCGUUGUCAUUAGCAUUCGAAAGUAAACGACAACUUUUGGGUUUGUUAUAAGUCGUGGCGAUUAUUUCCAGAACUAUAAUUGUCAUUAGAGGUUGAAAAAAAAUCCUAUUAAGCAAGUUGACCAGGAGAACGUGCUGUAGGAGUGUUUUUCCGUUUCUAAGUUAUUAUUAUUAUCAAAAAGCAAAUAUUUCGAUAUUAAGGACGGAAAGAUAUCACUGAUACCUGUUCCUAAAUGCAUCACUGUAAAAACAGCGCGAUGACACAAAAUAACUACGAAAUUCUAUUAAAGAAAACACCCAUUUAGAUUUUCAGUAUGCUUUUACUGCAUUCAACCCUUAUAACCUUUAAUUACUAUUUACAAUUUUUUUCAUAUUAUUUUCUAUUCUAUGAGGUUCUAUCGAUUAUGUUAAAAAAAAAUCCAAUUACAUUUUUAAUAUCUGUUCUUUUAUUGAGGAAACUUUGCUGAAUUUAACCCUUGUUAGCUUUAAUUAUUUAUCACUCGUAUUAUUUUUUUAUUCUUCCUUAUUCUUUAUAUAUAAUUAACCCAGACUACAAACUAAUCACAAUAGUAAUUUGUAUUGCUUCAUAUGCAUACAAUAAGAGAGCAAUAAAAUUACCGAAACUUUACGACAUAAGAAUUUGACUUUUUAAAUAUGAAAAUAAUCAAUUAUUAUUAUUUCCAAAAUAUUUAUAGACGAAUUUGUUGAAGAAACAUGACUAUAAUUAUAGACAUAAUUAUUUUGAACCACUCAGUUGUAGCAGUAUUCGCCUACUGGAACUGGACUUUUCUAAGAAAAAAACAGAAACAUUUAAAAAUGCUUUCAGCAAUUUCGUCGAACUCCUCGAAAAGAUUUUUUUCCGAACUCUUGCCAAUAUUAUUAGUUUCAUUUAGUCGGUCACCUCUCCAGACUGAUGAAGCACCCGGUACGUUGUCACACUCAAAAGAAAACAAGUGCAAUAAUUAAGAGAAUUUAUAUGAUUAAGGACGUGUCUGUAUAAAGACAACCGCAAUUAUAUACUCAAUAAAACGUUCUGCUUUGCACAGUUUCGAAAUACAAAAUGUUGAUGUUUAAAGUAUAUAAUAAUCGUUGCCUAGAAUUAGCGUUGUUGUUGUUAUAUUCGGAGAAAAUAGCAAAAUAUAUUUUUCGUUUGAUUUAUUGAAUAUACACUAGUGUGUAAUAUAUAGGGGUAAUAAAAAAGUAUUUUAAACAAAAAUUUAACUAGGAAUUUUAAUACUAUAGGAGCUACAAUUCGCUACUAAGGUAUAAUUGCACAAAAUAGGGUAGUUUUUAGGGAGAAAGUUUGUAGCCUACAUUAUACGCUAGGUUAUUUGUUGAAAUACGAAAACGACCGUCUCAGCCGCGGGUUUUUUGAUUUCGCUUGUUCAAAACUAAAAAAAAAUCGUCCGCAAUAUGAGAUCAUAACGUUUUUAGGUAUAUGCCGCACAUUCACCGUUUUUAAAUAAAGUAGACCAAUACGUGGCAUUGACUUUGUGUAAAUUCGACUGAACGAAUUCAAUGUUAGUGUACAUAAUAACGUUUAAGUCAAUGAAUGAAAUAGUACUUAGGGUAAACUCUGAAGACUGGACCCAGUCCCAGUUGUAAAUAGGUAAAUGUAUACCGUUUUAUUGAAUAUUAGAACGUUUUGAUUCACAGAAUUCUGUGAUCGGGGGGUGGAAUUCGCUUAAAACAGCACUGGAACUUGCAGACUCGAUAAAUGACGCGUUAUAUACAGGGUGUCCAGUAGAGCAACAGGUGGUACCCGCCAAUAAAUGAAAAUAAUAUUCUUUCAAUAAUUUAAAACGGAUAAAGAUCAAAGUACAAAUUCAAUACCAGUAUUGGGACUACAGCACUCAAUGGACUAUUUAUUUAUGAAUUUUCACUCUGCAAGGCAGAGACUGCUUGGACUUCAAAUAUAAAAAACAUCUUGCCCUUAGUCACACGAAUACACUAAUUUUGAAUUUGAAUAUCUUUAUUCGUUUUAAAUUUGUGAUAAUUUUUAGAAAAUUACAUUUCACGUUCAACAUCGUUUCAACGAGCAAUAUUUGCAAACAUUUGCCUACUGCGCCUGUUGCACAGGCGGAUAAGCUACGAGAUACCCUGUAUAUCCUGAAAUAUUCGAUUUUUAAUGCUCCAAUGCUCUUAGUUUUUUUUGUAAUACGAAUACAUGUGUCCUUGCACUUUCGGAAUUGCAGUUUCUCUCAUUUAGCUUGCCCUCAAGAAAGAUAUGACAUUUUCAAAAUUGAAUAUAAAAUCUCAUUUUUAAGUUGUUUUUCAUACAAGAUUGUUUAAACGAAUAUUUCAGGGUCUUAAUCAUCUUCCUAAACUUUUUUCUUCCAGAGUUAUGAUGCAACGUCAGGCAUGUUAAUGGCGGUUUUUAGGUACAUAUUUUAGUCCUUUCUGUGGAACAAAAUAACUUCUCAACUGUUCUAUUCACUGUCUCAACACCAAAAUAGUUAAAUAAUCCAGAAUAUCUCGCUGACAAAAUGUGGUACAGACUUAAUGUUCGUUAUUGCUUAACGACAUGUUUCGUGUUAUCUUCUACAGAGUGUUUUAUAAUAACGACCGUUAGUUUAUUUUUUGUGGAAACGUCCGUAAACGCAUAUGGCAAACAAAGUGCGGUGUGAAUUUGCAGAAAACUUUAAUAUUAAACAUUAUGUGUAAGUCACAACAAUAUUCAUUUAUAUUAACCUUAAGGUUGAUAAUGACGUUUUUUUAUUAGUGAAAAGUAUUAUAAUAUUGAAAAACGAUGAAAUAAAAAUUUCAAAUUAGUCCUGUUUAAUGUUGUUGAUAGUACAGUUGACAAUAAAGAUCAU